UGGACAGCUCUACUCAAAGAUCGAGGGACUCUCCGAUUAUGUCAAGCAGACUCAGAGUGGGAAACCAAUGAGGCCCUCCGCACAUAUCACCUUGGAGACAAAAAUGGAGCCAAGGUUACAAUCCAAACUAGCACACAUGCCUUUCAUGUGGACCUCCGAAAGCUAUCAGAGUGCAGCGAGUACUUCAGAGCUUUGUCCCAGUCCAGCAUGAGAGAAACCUCCGAGAGCCACAUUCAUCUGGAUCACAUGUCCUCUUCCAUUUUCCACAAUCUCCUUGAGUUCUGCUUCAAUCAUGAUUUUAAUGUUCCCCAAGAAGAACUGGGAGCACACAUUCAGGUGGGCAGCUAUCUUCUGGCUGAAGCCUUCGUCUCGAGGUGCCUGUUAGCCCUGGCACAUGAACUCAGUCCAUCUAACUGCUUAUCAUACUUGAGCCUUGCUCAGGAAAUUUUCUGUCUAGAGCUGAAAAACACAGUGUUCACUUAUUUGAGCCAGAACCUUCUGGAGCUGCACCAUGUGAUAAGGUGUCUGCGUGAUGAAGAGAGGGAGGAAGUUAUCAACCUGAGAACCAAAGGAGAACUGUGCCUGUGCAGCCUCAGGAAAGAAAACCUGACUUCCUGGAACGACCCGGAGACAGAACGUGCCCGGAACAUUUUCACCAUGAAAUUUCCAGAGGACAGUGAGGACUGGCACUCAGUCACAGAGCUUCCCUUCAGGGCCGAUAAGUGGUGUUUUACUGUAGUAGUACUGUAUAACUACCUGUACGUCAUAGGAGGAUACAGGCAGCGGAAAAAGAGAGGCUGGGAGUUCACUAAGGCUUCCUUUAGGUAUAAUCCCUUUAGCAAUUCAUGGGUGGCUACAUCACCUCUGAUAAAGCACAGAAGGCACUUCAGUGCAGUGGCCUGUGAAGGCUUUAUUUACGCAUUUGGAGGCUGGUAUUUGGAUUCUCUGGUGACUCCAGACUCCAGUACAGCUCUGUACACAGCAGUGGAGCGAUACGAUCCAUGGGAGGAUACAUGGAGGUUUGUAUCCCCAUUACCACUCACUGACUUCCAGUUCACCUUGUCGUUAUCCCACGAUGUCCCCCUCACUACCAGUCUUGGAGAGUGUAUCUAUGUGCUUGGGAGCAUCCAGAGGACAGGAGAGAAAUUGCUGUUGCAGUACAACACAAAGCAAGACUCCUGGUCUGAACUGCUUCCCACCUUAACAAGAGCUGAUGUAGACCUUCCUACUCUGUACUUCCUGGGUGCUGCUGACGAGCUGCUUGUGAUUGGUGGGAACAACUCAAGCAAUGUGGUGACAUCAUUCUAUGUAAAAUGUAAAAAAUGGGGGAAGAUCCAACACACAGAAAGAGUGUCAUAUGCUGGACAGGGGAUACUUGUAGGUGACCAGCUUCUGAUGUCCAGUAUUGACCACGACACUGUUGUGAGGCUGGAUCUCUCAACCCUAACCAUCAGGAGGCUCCCAGCUUUACUUGUCCCCAUGUGUUAUGAGGCUAUCUUUUACCUUUACUUUUAAUGUUAUAGCUCACUGGUUUACCUAAUAAAUACCUUUGUUUAUGGAGAAAUGAAAAGGUAACUUUAAAUUAUUUAAAUGUUUUACUUUAUUUUUUUUAUUUCAAAAUCGCCAUAGCACUCGAUGUUUCUUGGUGAUUUUUAAAGGUUUUUGUAGUAUUGGUGGCCUUUAUUUGCAAUUUCUAGGCAGAAAAUUAGCAGAAAGGAGGGAAGAUGCAACAAAGGUCCUGAACUCAAAAUCCUGGCCAGCUGUGCUAAGAAAUAAUAUUCUCAGAAUAUCAGUCUGAAGAUAUUAUCCACCUGAUCUUAUUAUGCUGAUACCAUUAUCUCUUUGUUGCUUUCUUAUCUCCGUAAAGUAUUUAGUCGUUUUCUUUUGGAUUUGUUGGGAUCUAUUCUCUUUCAAGACGUUUCUGAUGAAACAGACAUUAUCCAUGCGUUUCAACAGCUCAUCUUUUUUCUUGUUGGUACUUAAUAAGUCUACAUCACAGUUAAUUUGUUUGUAUUUAUUUAAAAAAUAUAACAGCAGCACGCUGGAGCACCCCUGUAUGCUCCAGCGUACAGGGGUGAGUAGACUGUGGUAGCCUACAGUGAUACCUGUAGGCUACCACAGUCUAAGAAUUAUGGAGGUAGGAGAAGAUGGAGUCAAAACCGUUAUGACAGACUGGGAAGGGUUUUUUUCAGAAUGCAGUUUGUAAUACUAGGGUAACUGUAUGCUAUUUCUAAAACAUCUCCACACAGUAACAUGAUAUAGUGUUGGUGAACUGGCCAUUAAAGGCAACUAGUACCCAACUGCUUGCUUUCUGACAUAUUAAGAUCAAGGUAUUUUCCUUUUCUUGUAUUAAUAUCAACAUAUCACAAUCUACUAAUAUCUGUUUUUUUGUGUUUCUCAGUGUUUCAGUUCAUAUUUGUAUUUGGAAAGGUAAAAAUUCUCUGAGUCAAGAUAGUGGGCUAAAACUAAUUUCAGUCACAUUUUUUCCCCAUUUAGUAAAGUUGUCCAAGCCCUAUUAAAUAUCUUUUAAAGCUGUGCGUCUGAAAUCAGCAUAAUGUGGUUUCACAGCCAAUGUGAUCUCUAACCACAUUGGCCAAGAUUUUAUGAAGGACCUCCAUUAUGGGAGACAAAAAAU